AUGGAGACAUUUUAUCAAAAGUUAGAUUCUCAUAUACAAAAUCUCUCUGAGCGAUAUCGUUCAAAGUACACAAUCAAACAAGAAACGUAUGAUGAUAUGAUAGCAGUUUUGAAAUAUAGUAAAGGUAAUGCACAGUUCAAAUUUUGGGUUAAAAAGAAUUUUAAAUUAGUGAAAAUUGGUGACGUUGACGUGGUAUAUGGUAUCAAGAGUAACCAUCCUGUUGUUGUGCAUGAGCAAUUGUAUACAAAAAUUAAGGAAUGUCACGAACGUGUUGGUCAUCAUGGACGGGACAAAACCUGGAGUGAAAUCCAAGAACAAUGUUCAUACAUACCCUAUGAUGUAGUAACAAUAUUUCUUAAACAAUGUGAUGUUUGUAAUAGUAGACAAGCUUUUCCAAAGCCAAUAGCAGGUAAACCAAUAAUAUCUGUUGAAUAUUUAACACGUGUACAAAUGGAUUUAAUCGAUAUGCAUAGUGUGCCAGAUGGAGAAUUCAAAUGGAUAUUACAUGUGAAAGAUCAUUUUACCAAAUUUUCGUGGGCAUAUCCAUUACAAACAAAAGAAGCAGCACCAGUUCCUUUAAAACUUUUGGAUCAAUUUUAUAGUUUUGGCCCACCUCGAAUUUUACAAUUCGAUAAUGGACAAGAAUUCAUCGCACAAGUUAUUAAGAAUUUAAGAAAUACGUGGAAAGAUUUAGUCAUUAUAAAUGGUAGACCUCGUCAUCCACAAACACAAGGAUUAGUCGAACGAGCUAAUCAUACAUUACAAUUGUCGCUUGGUAAAUGGAUGCAAUCUAAUAAUACAACAGAAUGGGCAAAAGGUCUAAAACCAGUUAUUUAUUCCAUUAAUACCAAAUGCGCACAAACAACUAAAAAAUCUCCUUAUGAAGUGGUGUUUGGUCAAAAGCCAAGGUCCGAUUUCGAAAUGUGGAAAAUGUUAAGUGAUGAUGGAAUAGAAGAUGAAGAACAAAUGCCAGCUGAUUUUAUUCAAAUGCUCAAUGAACAAACUACAUCAUCUGAACCCGAUGGUACUACAAAUCAAGAUAAUGACGAAAUUUAUGAUGGUACAAAGUCACAACAUCAGCAAUCACCAGUACUUUGUCUUGAAGAUAUUGAAACAGAUAGAACAUCAAAGGAUCAUGAAGGUAUUGAUAUGGAUGUGGCUUUUGAUUGUAUUGGUGAAACUAUGAAACAUCAAGCUAUUAAUAGACAUAAACGUGUACGAGAAGGAGCAGAAGAUGAGUAUUUAAAAGUAGCUAGUAAACGACAACGUAUUUAUGAUGAAUCACAUAGAUUAAAAGAGUACAAAGUAGGAGAUAUUGUUGGUUUGAAAAUAGCUAAAGUUGAUCAUUUAAGUGUUACACCCACAGUCUUACCAUGUAAAGUUAUUUCUAUUCAAUCCACAACAAACGAUACUACAGAUGGAAUUAUUAUGUAUAAACUAUGUACUACAGCUGGUGUUAUUUCAACAAGGUAUACUAACGAAGAUUUAUUAAAUCUGGCAGCAUGUAAUUUUUCUGAUUUACGUUUAAUUGAUCCAGGCAAUUUACCACAAUUAACUUUCAUACAAGCAUGUAAAGAGUAUGCAAAUUUAGGUACUUCAAGUUGCAAUUGUAAAUCAACGUGUUCAACCAAAACUUGUCCAUGUAAAUCUAAAGGUGUUUUAUGUUGUACAAAGUGCCAUCCAAAGAAAAAAUGUCGAUGUUUGAAUGUAUAA